AUGAGCGACAUUAAUGGAAAGGCUCCCAUGCCAGGUGCAAGCAACGGAACAUCGACCGUCCACGAGCCCAUUAUCAAGGUUCAGCCCCCGCGACGAGAAGAUCUUCAGCCCAGCUAUGCCCGUGUUAUUCAGCCCGACGAUGCGGAUGCCGAUACAAAUGGAUGGUAUGGCGGCAUGAUCAACACUCUCGGCAACCUAAUCGGCACCUGCGGCGCCAUCCCCUGCUGCAUCGUCUGCCCGAACCCCUACAAGCCCGUCAACCAAGGCAACGUCGGCCUCGUCACAAAAUUCGGCCGCUUCGCCCGCGCCGUCGACCCGGGUCUCGUCUACGUGAACCCCCUCUCUGAGCACCUCGUGCAAGUCGACAUCAAAAUCCAGAUUGUCGAGGUCCCCAAGCAAGUCUGCAUGACCAAGGACAAUGUGUCGCUGCAAUUGACAUCGGUGAUUUACUAUCGUAUUACUUCGCCGCAUAAGGCGGCGUUUAGUAUUAGUAAUAUUCGCCAGGCGCUCGUCGAGCGCACACAGACGACGCUGAGGCAUGUGGUGGGUGCGCGCGUGCUGCAGGAUGUGAUUGAGCGGCGCGAGGAGAUUGCGCAGUCGAUCCGCGAGAUUAUCGAGGAGACGGCGCUGGGAUGGGGUGUAGAGGUUGAGUCGAUGCUCGUCAAGGAUAUCAUUUUUAGUCAGGAUCUCCAGGAUUCGCUGUCCAUGGCGGCGCAGAGUAAGAGGACGGGUGAGGCCAAGGUUAUUGCUGCCAGGGCCGAGGUUGAGGCGGCCAAGUUGAUGAGGCAGGCGGCUGAUAUUCUUUCUUCCGCCCCUGCGAUGCAAAUCCGCUACCUCGAGGCCAUGCAAUCCAUGGCCAAGUCUGCAAACUCCAAGGUCAUCUUCCUCCCUGCCCAGAACCAAACUGUGCAGAAUGCACUUGCUCAGGCUGAAGCUGCGGGCCAGGGCCCCAGUGCCCAUGGUUUCCAGUCCUCUACGGCUCAGGAGUAUGGAAGUAAUGAUCAGGGCUUCCAGAGCGCUAUCAAUGCUCAUGUUGUGGAGAACAUGUAA